AUGGCCGCCGUGAUUCUGGCGUGUCUUCGCGCACUGCGUGCCAGGGCCCUGUCAGGGGCCAGGAAGCUGCAGGACUGCUCCCGCUCUGCCCCUCAGGAUGCCCUUGCUGCGCCCAGGAAGCCUCCCGAACUCGUUAAAGGCUUCAUCAUCCCCAGCUUCCCCCUGGGCUGUCUGGCCGCUCCCCCGCCGAUCGGCUUCAUCGUUACCGCGGACAGAUUCCCAGAUUACACAGUACGGAGCGAGGAUGGGAACGCCGUCCAGCUGGCAGUGUCCUUUUCCUGCGAGCGUGAGCGCACUCCAGCAGAACGUGUCUCCGUGUCCACGCUCUCGUAUUCUGGAGAGGAACACGCCGGGCUGAAGAGGCCCUCCACCGGGCCUGUCCUCCCCAAUUACGGGCUGGAGGCGGGCGCUACGCGCUCCGCCGUGCGAGCGAAAGCGGGCCAGCUGGAAGCCGCCACGCAUCCCGCGCACGGCCCAGCCGCUCCAGAUGUGCGGCGCGAUGAUUUAGCGGCCUGCAUCCCGGUGCUGCUCAGUAAUGGCUGGGAGCUGCCCUUCUCAGAAGUCAUCGACUGGAGCAAGGCGGCCGUCAUCGGGGAUGAGAGGCUACUGCUCCAGAUUCCCUCAAUUACCCGAUCCGUGGACCGUGACAAAAUAUUGGCUCUUCGACAGCACACUCAGUUCCUCUGGGACGCUUAUUUUUCCUCGGUGGCGAAAAUAGUAUUAACCACAUUAGAGAUAAUCCACGACCGAAUAUAUUCACACAUAUCAAGAAACAAGCUGAUGUGGAACCUGCUGCCUGGGGGGCUGUAUGUUUUACCACAGUUCUCCUCCGACCCCGCGGUGUUUCCAUUUUAUUACUCUACACUGGGUAAAAGCCCGUCCCAGGAGUUCACCGCCGUGAUCCAGGCAGUGACCCCGCUCCAGUACCAGCUGCAGCCCGUGGUGAAGCUCAUCAUCGCCGUUGCCAAAUCCAAGUUCUGUGCGCAGAUAAUAGUGCUGUGGAACUGCGACAAGCCCUUGCCGCCGAAGAGCAAGUGGCCCUCCACCUCAGUGCCUAUCACAGUCAUCGAGGGAGAAAGAAAGACGAUGAGCGGACGUUUUUUCCCCCACGAUGCCAUCCUCACAGAUGCUGUUCUGAGUCUGGAUGAGGACUCUGUAUUGUCAACCAAUGAGGUUGACUUUGCCUUCAUCGUCUGGCACAGUUUCCCGGACCGGAUCGUGGGCUACCCGGCACGCAGCCACUACUGGGACAGUGGCAAAGCGCGGUGGGGCUACACCUCCAAGUGGACCAACGAGUACUCCAUGGUGCUCACCGGAGCGGCGUUCUACCACAGGUAUUAUCACUACCUGUACACCCACUACCUGCCGGCAAGCCUCCUCGGCAUGGUAGACCACAUGGCCAACUGCGAGGACAUCCUGAUGAACUUCCUGGUGUCAGCGGUCACCAAGCUCCCGCCCAUUAAGGUCACCCAGAAGAAGCAGUACAAGGAGACCAUGAUGCAGCAGGGGUCCAAGACGUCGCGCUGGGCUGACCCGGACCACUUCGCCCAGCGACAGACCUGCAUGAACACCUUCAGCGGCUGGUUUGGGUUCAUGCCCCUCCUGCACUCUCAAAUGAGACUGGACCCGGUCCUGUUCAAGGACCAGGUGUCCAUCUUGAGGAAGAAGUACAGGGACAUCGAGAAGCUCUAGAACCGCCCUGUUGUGGCACUCCCCACCCUGAGGCGCCAUUGGGAAAUGCAUCGGUGUGGACCGCUACUGCCGGACCUGAUCCAUGAAGAAUUAUUUAUUAUGAAAUAUGCAACACUCAUGUCAUUUUACAGUGGCAGCGGUCAUGGCUCACGGUCAGUCUGAAUCUGUGGGCCAUGUGUCGGAUACUGUCGUCGUAAAUAUUGAUGAUGACGAUGACAAAUAUUGCUACGUUUCACCUAUUUUGACAUCACACUGAUUGUCAUACUCACGACCUUGUCCAAAAGAAGACCAGCUUGAAGGUCACACAGCAGAGCUCUGAGAUCUCCCCAUGUUUCUUGUGGAAAUUCGGAGGGAAAACGAGAGUGGAAUACAGCGGAUGUCCCCGUGCGAUCAGGAAAUGAAUUCAGCAUCGUAUCUGUUGCUUUUCAUCCUUUAAAUCCCGGACUUUACAUUUCAAUCGUUUGUUUCUUUUGUUUCUCGACUCUCUUAUAAGCUUUAAAUUGCCAAAAAUACAGUUCUGCUAAAGGA